AUGUCGACAGUGGAGUACUUUACAGUGGAUUUUAGUGCAGAGCUUCUAGGCACCUACUUAUCGAUGUUUGCUGGUUUUGCUGCCAUGGUGGUGAACAAGAACAUGAGCCUUCUAGGAAUAACAGUUUUGUGGGGUUUGGAUAUGAUGGCUAUGAUCUACACUGUUGGACCUGUUUCUUGUGCCCAUUUUAACCCUGCUGUCACCGUUGCUUUUGCUUUAUGGAAGAGGAUAGCAUGGAGACAUGUGCCAGCAUAUAUAUUAGCACAAGUCGUGGGAGCAACUCUAGCAACUGUCACUACGAGAUUAAUGUUCAAGGAAGAGCAACUUCAGUCUCUGAGAACAAUACCAGCUGGCUCAGAUUUGCAGUCUCUUGGAUUAGAAUUCUUGAUCACUUUCAACCUCAUGUUUGCUGUUACAGGCACCGCAGUGGAUAAUCGAGCUGUUAGUGAUCACUGCUUGUUUAAAUGUAAAGGUCCUAGGGCAGAAUUUGACUUAUUCUAUCCUUCUCUCUGUUUAAUGAUGCAGGUUGGAGAACUCACUGGACAUGUUAUUGGAGCUGUAGUCACAAUUAACUCUAUUUUCUGGAAGAUUAGCCCGAAACAAAAUAUAAACGACAGAUACUACUGUCCCGGUCUGAUUAAUCAACCACUUCUCAGGUCCAAGUUAACUCUUUCAGCAGUAGAUUAG